CACGGGCUAAAAAAGAUGAAAAUCUACCUCGUCGCCAACCCAGACGUCACCAUUGUAACAGAUCACUAGUCCCUUUUGCCUAUAUUCCGAGAAACCCGACCUGGAUCCAUCAGAACCGAUCGCAUCAUCCUCAGACAUCAAGAUGUGUCGUUCAAAAUGAUUUGGAAGGCAGGAAAAUCCAAUCCUGCGGACUUCUUUAGCCGGAACGCCACGCCUCUCCAUUGCCUGGACCCCAAAGAUCUUGGGUUGGGCUGUGACAUGGAGAAAGUCAUUUACGCCACCCUGAAUGGGGACGUGUUCGCCGCCCUGACGCCAGCGGAAGUAAAUAAAUACACACGCAGAGAUAAACAACUCACGGCCUUGAAGAAGUCCAUCCAUAACGGCACUUUGACCGAGGACCCGCUCCUCCGACCGUUUAAAAAAGUAUUCCGCGAGCUCACGAUAUCGGAGGGUGGCAACGUACUUCGAGGCCCCCGAAUUGUUGUUCCCAAGGGACUACAAGAGCGCGCUGUCUCUCUGGCCCAUGGUGGCUCUCACCUCAGAACGUGCUCCAUGAAGCGACGCUUAAGAACGGUGGCGUGGUUCCCCGCCAUGGACACACACAUUGAAACCCACGUUCAGCAGUGCAAGGUGUGUCUAACUAUCACUGAGAAGGCCACCAAAGUGGAACAACGAUGCCAUGCCACACCAGAACGCGCAUGGGAAGCAGUCUCCAUCGAUCAUUUUGGCCCACUUCCCAACAACUCCCACGUCUUGGUAGUUAGGUCAGAACUCCUAAACAUUCCGAGAAUACCCGGCGUUGCGACUGAAUUGGUGAAGAACAGGGACAGUGAGCACCGUUCUCGGGCGGCUCAAAAUUUUAACCGCAAAGUCAAGACCAAGCCUUCGUCAAUCACAAUUGGACAACUAGUGAUAUUACGAGACCAAACCCGUGGAUCAAAAUUCACCCCCAAAUUUAAAGCGUGCCCUUACCGUGUCCUUAACAGAGAAGGACAUGCCACCUUCUUGCUACGCAAUGAAUCAACAAAUCAAGUAUUGACUCGCCAUGAGGACGACAUGAAAAUAAUCCCUGAACAAUUCCACCACCAUACUCCCCUGGCACCCCGGAACAACUUUCCCUUCUGGCUCAGUGAUCCUCCGCGGGACACCUUGUCAGUUCCAGUGUCCAACCCUACCCAACACAACACAUCCAAAGUCACACCCAACUCAGGCCAUCCCCAUCCCAGUGCUGAACGACCUCCAAUGCUUUCACUUGAUCUCUACAAGCCCAGCCCCAACUCGGCGAGAGUUCUUGACAAAGCCCUGGAGAGAUCCACGGAUGGACAGGGACAAAAACAACCAACACAACAACGCCCAUGUCGAGCACAUCGACCGCCAGAUCGUCUUGGGUUUGGCCGUGUUCAUCCAAUGAAUCCCAGACCGAGGGUCAGCUUCAGUGACGACCUCACAAUCAUCCCAGAUCCGCCGGCAGAACAAGAGACAUCCGAAAUUUUGGGAGUGCUGAUACAUCCGACCAACUGCCAACUGCCUACCAACAAAUGAUUAGCACAAAGCAAUAAACGCGUUCUCCAUUUCUGUAAGUCGUCAAUCAUAAAGGCAGUUAGUUGAUCCAACGAUCCCCUACAAGGCUGGGGGUAAGACCAAACGCCGAGCAUUAGAUCCAUUGUUUUAUUUCUAACCAUAUGUUCGUUUUAAUAAAUAGGUUCAUUCGCAUUCCAACUACCGUUGUUUUAGGUGGAUAUCACGCUUCGGAAUCUCACGCGUCAUUACUUCGGGCAGAGGUGCCCAAUUUUCUUCUGAGCUCUGGUCAGGUUUGUCAAAAAUCCUGAAUGUUUCUUUGCAACCAACCACUUCGUUCCAUCCCCAGUCUAAUGGCCUUGUCGAGAGGCUCCACUGUCAACUGAAGUAUGCCCUUUCCUCACGUCUCCAAGACAACAAAUGGUAUGAUCAACUUCCUUGGGUGAUGUUGGGACUUCACUCUUCAGUCAAAUUAGACCUUGGAUGCUCUCCUGCCGAAUUGGUCUUGGGUGAAGCUUUGGUUAUUCCUGGUCAAUUGGUUAGCCCAACCGAAGAGAUUGCUGUCCCGGAUAUUCGACGUGCUUGGUCGUCAAUUUUGGAUAAUUUCCUCCCUACACCCACUUCAUUUCACGGCACUCCUCGUUCAUUUGUCCCAAAAUCUCUGUCAAGCGCCGCUUGGGUUUACUUGCGUCAAAGUGGUUAUCGGAAACCUUUGUCUCCCAACUAUCGUGGACCAUAUAGAGUUCUUUCUUCUGGGUCAAAGUGUUUCGAUAUCAUGGUCAAUAACAAAAAACAAACCGUUUCCGUGGACCGCCUGAAACCUGCUAUAGUAGCCGCUCCUGCUCCAGAUUUUGCUUCCUCUGCCUCAUUCUCGGAUCAAACAAAGCCCAUCAGAUCAUCGACUUCAAAUCCAACUCGGUUGCGAAGUGGACGGUUAAGCUCCCCACCUUUGCGAUUUACUUCGGUUUGAUCCAGGGGGGAGGUGUGGCGACCAUCUCAUGGUUUAUGGAAUGGUUUAUCUGAUCAGAUAGGAAGUAUUGGCUACUCAGCUGUUGCGCUCCUGCGUCGCCCUCAUUCUGGUGGAUUCCUGUCUCUCUCUGGUUGAUGAAUAAAAAGUUAGGAAGCUCCAUUAACCUUCGCUUCAAUCCCAAUCAAGUGUUCAGGUCCUAAAGGAGCAUUGAUCGUUAACGCGUAAGUGGAAGAGGGAUCAGACAUGACAUUCAUCAGUGAGAAUAUCCUCAAGAAGCUAGGUUUUGUGGAGGCAGGCACAUCACGCACUCCAUUGACGAUCGAUGGAACGACGUCGACCACCAGCCUAAGUUCGUACAACGCCGCAAUCCAAGUUGGCAAUCCAGAAACAAGUGAGACGUUCACUCUUGAAGUCAAGUCACUUCCUGUCACUUGGAAGGGUCUCAAAGGGACUAAUUGGGCGUCUUUGCGUGGGAGGUGGAAACACCUCAAGGACCUGUCUCUGAGUGAAAACGACGGACCAGUGCAUCUGUUAUUGGGAUUGGACUCUGGACAUUUGAUCGAACCGUUAGAGCAAAGAAGAGGUCAAAAAGGAGAGCUUUCUGCAUUUCGCACUUGCCUUGGAUGGGUUUGUAGGGGCCCAAUCAACGAACAAGCUUCAGUGAGUCAGUGUCGACACUCAAACUUUGUUUAAGACUCCAAUCUCCUUUUGGAUCAGCACCUCGAUGAAUUCUUUGCUACAGAAUCGUAUAGAGCAGAGGGUCGAGUCGUAUCUGACACAAAGAUGAGUCUCCAAGAUGAAUACGCACUCAAUAAGACCAAGGAAAAUACCAGGAAGCUCGUGUACAAACCCGGCUAUGAAGUCAGUUUACCUUGGAUACCUGGAGUAUCUUGGCCGGAGAACAACAGGCGAUUGGCCGAAAAGAGGUAAGCAGGAUUGGAGCGUCGGUUUAUCAGUAGCCCAAUCUUUGCAACGGCUUACCGAGAGUCCAUAGGAAAGACCAUUGAAAAGGGUUAUGCUGUGAAAAUUUCGAAUCCACGCGGAUUGGACCAUCCCUGUCAAGCUUUUCUUCCUCAUCAUGGGGUUUGAAAGAAAAACAAAAAAGACUUACGAGUGGUGAUGGACUCUGUUCCGUACAAGGAUGAGAUUGAAGGUCUCCCUUUUCCAGAUAAAUUAUUUUGAUUCCCAAAACAACAACGGAACAUGAGACUAUCCCGUCUCUGACCC